ACCAGUAGGGGUGUAACACCGGUCACGUUUGGUUUAUUAUUGUUGCGUAAUCAAAAAUGACGGAGCUUCCGUCUCUUAAAAUUGUUGAUAUAAAAAAUCCUCUUUAAAAAAAAACUUGCUUCCAUAUGUAUUAAAAUAAAUAAAUAAUAAUCAUUAAUGAUGAACUAGGAGGCGAAUUUGGGGAUUUGGAGGUGCACUCCUUAAAAUGUACUAUGCCAUUAAGACACACACAAAUAUACACACACACACACACACACACAAACAAACUAACGCAGGCACUGACAAAUAGUUGAACACAAUUUGAAAUUAUUUUUGCAUAUGAUUAUAACAUAAUGUGCGUGAUAUGUACUGUAUAGACAAAAAUUGACUGCUGAGAGACACAAAAGGAAAGUACACAACUAAGAAAAUUCAGAACAAAUGAGAAAAAAGAAGAAGGAAAAAAGCAUAACGAAUGUAGUGGUAAUAUUAUUAUUAUUAUUAUUACUAUUAUAAUUGUUAUUAUUUUUUAUUGUCAUUAUUAUUAUUAUCAUUAUUAUAAUUAUAAUUAUAAUAUUUUUUUAAUUGUCAUUAUUAUUAUUAUUACUAUUAUUAUUAUUAUUGCAAAGGUGCUGAAUUCAAUGAUCUUGUAUUUUGUCCACCUCCUUGUCCUUCAACAAGCAACACUCGCUCCUCCACCCUGCAGCCCUCUGACUCCCCAGUGAUGAGUGAUGGUGCCGGCCACCUGCUCCCCUCUCAUCACUUUAAUCUCCUGUGAUAAACACUCUAAAAGUAAAAUUGGUUUGGUUUAGGACUGACUUUCACAACAAUUACUGAGGCCUGACCACACACACAAUAGAGGUUCCCCUGCUUUAAUGUUUCCAUUAUAUGUGCUGCCUUGCUUUCUGCCUCCUGAUGAAAGGCCUGCAUGGCCAGAAAGCACGUACAGCACCUCUCUGAUUCAGCUCUGGUCUGCACCUGCCGGUCAGCGAGGAGCAGAUUGACAGAUCAGAUAACAAACAGGCUGUUCAUUUUAUCUCUGCAGGUUUUCUCAAACUACACACCUCAAUGUGUAAAGGGCUCUCCUCGCUGCCCUCAUCAUGCCUGGAAAAGGCAAAAGAGAUGCGGGUGAAGUUGAGCCACCUGGCUGAAACGCACCACAAGCAAAAGGUUCAGGAUGGAAAAGCUCUCCAGGACCUGGACACUCUGCUGAACAGCAAAGGCGGUCGGCAGGCGUUUCGUGAGUUCCUGCGCUCAGAGUUCAGCGAGGAGAACCUCGAGUUCUGGCUGGCCUGUGAGGACUACAGGGUCACUUCUCUCAACCUGCAGAAGACCAAGUGCAGCAGCAUCUACAGCCAGUUCAUCCACCCUGACGCUCCACAGGAGGUCAACUUGGACGCUGAGACCCGGGAGGCUCUGCUGAGUGUGACGGGUUCUCCGCGUGCCGACACAUUCAGCAACGCUCAGCAGAGAAUCUACAACUUGAUGGCCAAAGACUCCUUCCCGAGGUUCCUGCGCUCCCCUCACUGCAUGGAGGCCAUCAAAGCUCACUAAGCAGACACUGUUCCGUAGCUCUCUUUAGAAAGAGGUGCUGAUGAAUUUAUACAUCUCGUUAUGUUGCACCUUAGUUUAGCAACUAGUUUGUUGUGUGAUGUUUUCCAUGUGACAGUGCUGUCCUUACGCAUGUCUCACAUAUAAACCUCAAUUAUGAAUCUACAUCGUACCACCAAACUGCAUGAGCUAUGAGUGACGUCAUCCACGAAGGAUUUCAAUAAAUAACUCCGUAUGUGGUACCUUC